AUGAUAGCUGCGACCUUGGUUCGGUUUUUACGGCAGCAACCCGAAAGCGCUUCGUAUCUUCCGUUGCAUACCGCAAAAACGACUAUUGCGCGGGAAGUACUUAUCGAAGAAUUAAAAGCUACUCAUCUCUUCGCCUCCGCGGCGGCAGUGCCUAAUGAUCCUAAUCCGCAAGAACGACAACGAGGAGAGC